CUCUUAACCAAUCAGCGUUCAGAAUUUACAAAUGCUAUCUUCCGGAAAUGAUGUCACGUCAGUUUCGUAGAUGGAAACAAGUGCUUACCGUAUGUAAACAAAAAUGGCCAAAUGCAACAGAUGUCAUACAACAUUCUAAUAACACGAACCUUCUCGCUUCGAGCUCACAGCAAAUUCAAGAUGGACAUGCUUUCACGUUGCAGAAAGCAAAUACCUAAAUCACCCGAGACGAAACGGAGGAGUCCGCGAAUAGCUCAACACAGCCAGCCUUCAACAACGAAAAGAAUUGUACGAACAGAUAUAAACGACAAGUGUUUUGCAAACAUUGAUAGCUCCUUGCCGGCCAUUUCACAAAGACAAAAUGGAAAUAUCAUUCUUAGGAUAUUGGCCAAACCAGGAACGAAGCAAAGUGGAAUAACAGGUGAUACUAUAAUAACAUAAUUAUAUAUUAUUUUGGUUUCUGAGAGGGCAAGCUGGGAAAUAUUAUUAUAUUUGGUGAAAGAUUGCUGAAUAAUAUUAAUUAGUAACAUAUUAAAUAUUUAUGUCUUCAAAAACGUUAGCAAAUAUAAAUAUUUUAAAUGCUGGUCCACUUGUAUGCACAAAAUUAGUAUUUAAUACCAAAACUAAGGAUGAUCUUUUCACUUGGGAAACAUGUCGUGUUUUCAUGUUGAAACAUUGUGAUGCUUAUAAUGGGUGAAUCAGACUUGCAUUGGGCCCUAAUGGGUCGUUCCAGAAAAGAUCAACACUCAUGCACUUUCCCCACAGAUGAAAUUUCUUGCCGUCCAGAGAAGAAUUUGUUUCUGAUAAUACUGUAGUAUUGUAAGUUUAUUAGUAUUAGGGAAGGGGGUAGGAGGGUUAACUUCCAAUUUCCUCUCUAGGCGUGAUAUGGAUGUUUUGUGGAAUGAUGCAAUGUGCCCAAUUUGAAAAAAAUAGAAAUUUUCAUUCUCAAUUUAUGCUAAAAUCAGGCUUGCGAAUUGGCAGCUACCUGCUAAUUCAAACCCUGAUGAAAUUCAUGGACGUGCACACAUGAUUUGAGGGACGCAUUAGUUUUGGGUACUUGAUCAAGUACCUUUCAGCACAUGGCCUGAUUUAUAGCAUUCUUUCUUCAAUAAUCCCCCCUCCCUCUCAUACAUACCCAAAAUAGAUUAACUCAACUCGAUUUAUUGUUAGUCCAAAGAAAAAAUAUGUUGGUUUCCCGUCCCUACCUAUAGCUUUUGGCUACUGAAUCACUGACCCUAAUCUUGUUAUCUGAAGUUUCCAACCUAGUUUGUAGAGUUAGUUUUGUGCUAUCUAUAUAAAGUAUAACCUGUUUGUUUCAAAGUUAAUAUAACAUUUAACAAAUGUUUGUGCCAUUUGUGCUGCCAUAAUUGACAUAGAAUAUCACUUUCAUGCAUGAGUAUUAAAUACAAAUGUUUGUGCCAUUUGUGCUGCCAUAAUUGACAUAGAAUAUCACUUUCAUGCAUGAGUAUUAAAUUUAUAAAAAAAAGUGAACAAAAAAAACCCUUACUUACCCUACCUAAGUUUUUGCAAGGAGAAAUAGGAAACGCAGGUAUUUCUUUCUUUUUUGGCCUUACGAUGUAAUUUCAUUUUAGAUAUAGCAGAUGAUUGUAUUGGAGUUCGAGUGGGUGCUCCAGCUCGAGAAGGCGAAGCGAAUGCUGAACUGGUGACUUAUCUCGCAUCCAUAUUGCGACUAAGGAAAACAAACAUCAUUGUUGAGAAAGGAUUAAGAUCUCAGAUUAAAUCAGUGUUGGUAAAUAAAAAUGGCUUGACUAUUGAUAGAGUGAGGGGUUUGGUAGAACAGGAAGUCAGCAAAGGUUCAGAGUAAGGUGUUACAUGUACAUGCAGCUAUCGAGGAUGCAUACAGUACCGUAUAUAUUAUGUGACAUCUAGUUAUGUAUACAAUCAAACCUCCCAUAAGUGGACACCCUCAGAACCAAGGCAUGAUGUUUGCUAAUGGGAGGCAUCCUCUCAUAAUUAUGAGUGGUUAUUAAUAUUUAUUAAUAAUUUAUUAAUAUUAGUGUAAUACUAAAAUAUGCAAGUCUCUCAUUCAAUUGUAUGACUGGUUAGCAUCAAAUAGGUUUUUAACCCCAAAUAUGAUUUUUGGUAUGCAUAUUUGGUAUUAUUAAUUUUGGUCAUUCUUAGAAGAAAUGCAAUAUAUCUUUAUAGUAAAAAAGCUCAUCUUGACCAACUUUUUCACUGACCUUGUAUGAUGUCAUUAGCCAACUAACUGGGCUAGUCCUUCAUGGCUACUUUAGUACCUGGAUUUUUGGAGCAAUAAACAAAGGAAAGCUAAUUUGCAAUACAUCUAAUGACAUCAUAUCCAACAACUUUAACAGUGAAAAAAUUAAUCAAUUUAAGGUUUUUUUCCAUAAAGAUACGUUACACUUCUCACUAGAAUGAUCCAAAUAUAUACAAAACAUCAUAGUUGGGGUUAGUGGCACUUUAUGAAAAAGCAUAUAAUAAUUAGCAAUGAAAUUAAGUAUUCCUUGUAUGAUGUCAUUCCAUGAAUAAGAUGAAUUUUUGGAGCAAAAAACAAAGGAAAGCUAAUUAUUUGCAAUACAACAAAUGAAAUCAUAUCCAAAAACUUUAACAGUGCAAAAGUUGAUCAACAUGAGAUUUUUGAUACUAUAAAAAGAUAUUACACCUCUUCCUAGACUGAUCCAAGUAUUACACAUAUAUUCAAAAAAUAUAUAUUUGGGGUUUAAGUGGCAUGAAAAAGCAUAGAAUAAAGCAAUGAAAGUUAUAAAAAAUAGAAUUAUGAAAAUGAGUUAUUCCCAUGCAUGGUUUACAAUAUAUUGGACAACUUGACCCAUCCAAAAAAUGUUGAAAACAAAUAUUUUGAAAACGCAAUGGACAUUAUUUAGGACAUUAUUUAGAGUACACAUGCAUUUGAAGUCCUAUUAAUGUUAAAAUAGGUCACAACAACUUUAAAACACAAUAACUUAAAGCAACACUGACAAAAUAUAUUAAAGAAUUUACGAUACGAUUUGGCCUCACCACUUGUCAAAGGUAUCAGUCUUCCCUGCAGACCGCUCCCAGAUAGGGAAAAAAGUGACACUUGCAACGUUAGGGGUGGGGAAAGAAAUAACCCUGCUGUUAUUUGAUAAACUCUUUUAAAGGUGUUUUUGGUUUAGUGCCUUUGGUUUUAUUACAAUAAUAUAAAUACAAGCUAUAAUAAUGCUAUACAAAAUCUUCAUAAAUGUUUCAUUUUCCUCAUCCUUGUUGAAUGGAAACCAUUGACAGGUUUAGACUCUGCACUGACAACAGAAGGCAAUGUAGUGUACGUCUUUUUGAAACUUGUCAAGCCCGUUAAAUUCCUCAAACGCUACAAGGAAAAGAGAACGCAAAAUAUGUUAAAUUUCGUCAUUGCGUAGAAUUCCCAUCCUCGUUCCCAGGUUUCUCGGCUGCCUGCGUUGUCAGCCGAGAAGCCCUGGGAACGAGGAUGUAGAAUUCCCAACUUUGGGCCACAGAGUAAUUACAUACAGAGGUCUCACUUCAGGUUAAUUUAGCGUAAUGCCCGUUAUGUUCUUAGCCAAGUUCCCUAAAGAGAGGCCGUCGACCCCUGAAAACAUAUUGAAAUUUAAUGUCCCGGGGGGGUGGGGGUGUGAAUGCGGAAUGCCUCACUUAGGGCAUUUGCUAAGAACAUGACCGGCAGAUAUGCGCAGCAAAAACUACUUUACGGUUUUUUUCGCGGAAGUGAGACCUCUGUAUAUAAUUACUCUGUGGUAGAGUGGUCAAAGUUUUUUUCCCAAGAGAUGGUAGUUUAGUUGAUUUUUCCGGCCUUGAAAUUCAAGAUAUGACUUAAAACAUAAUGAGCUUUUUUGAAACUAUAAAUUUUCGACAAAAAAUACACAGAAUGUCAGGUGGUUACUUUUACUGUACCAUGCAUUAACAAAUUUUUAUUCAGUUUAUAAAAUAGUGAAAAUUACCCACCAUUUCUUCAGCCGUGAUUUCUGCAGGUUUCUUUAUAAUGAGUGGAGUUUUAUCAGCAAACACGCGGUUGAAAUUCACUUCUCUAUUUUUCAAUUCAAGACGAUAUUUCUCUAUUUCGUUUUUCAGGAACUGAACCUCGUCGUCUUUCUAAAAUGA